AUGGCAACUGAAGUCGGGUUUUUGGUUUCGGUUUUGGUCUUCGGUCUGGGCCUGAAUUUCCCAAGAGUUUUCCGCCUCUCUUUGGCGCAGGCGUGCCAGAAGAAAGAGCGAAUCGCGUAUGGUAACACCACAUUGCUGACCCCAAGGGUGGUUGGACUUUCACUCUUUCAUUCUCUUCCGGAAAAUCUCUUGCUUUCGGCCAACGACAGCGGCUUUGAGGCACAGUUUCAAGAAAUACAGGGCCAUCAGAGGGAUAUUCAAAAACAAAUUGAGAGCCAGAACACAUCGCUAACGGAUUCGUGGAAGAAGAUCAUUGCGGAGGAUAUAGAGAACAAAAUCAAUAGGCUAGAACUUAAGAUGGAAGGUCAACUAUCUGUCCUACAUAAAGAAUUGUCCAGUAUAAAGACGUCGCUGAAGAAUAUCUCUUCGCAAAUAAGCUUAUUAAUUAGGUUUAAGCGAAUCGGAUCGAGAUAUUUGCAUAUCGAAGAAACGGACAAACGAAGUUGGACUAGUGCUUUGAGCGCAUGUCAGGAGAUGGGAGGUAAUCUAGCCUCAAUUAUAAAUUAAGAAGACUUUAGUGCUAUCGUGUCGCAACUAACCAAAGGCGUCAAAUAUAGGUUUGGCAUUAGUGAUCUGGCUAAAAAGCGCGAAUUCAUAUCUGUGUCCUCCGGAAAGAGAGCACCUUUUCUGAAAUGGAAGCCUGGGGAGCCAGUAUACGAUAAUGACGGUCAGCAUUGCAUUAAUGUACAUAACGGUGCCAUGUGGGUUGAUUCUUGUACUCAUGAUAUGAAAUACAUUUGCGAGCCUAAUAAAAAUAUUUUGUAAACAUAUA